UAUUACUAAUGAGCAAGCAGAAGGGAGACAACUGUAGAAGCCAGAUUCAGACUUCUAGUGGUAUUGGGCAUGAACUCUCUAAGGAAAUCUACACCAAAGAUUGCUUUAGAGCAAACCAGAAAGAGAUACUGAACAUUCAUGUAUCUCAGGAUACUAUAAAAACUGACGACUGCAGUCUUUCAUCAAAAUCGAAGGCAUCUACUGAUGAAGUUGACUAUAGCUUCUUCAGUCAAGACUUGAUAACUCAUGGACUCUUUGGAGAUAUUACUACCACAUCUCCUGGGUUCAUUGAUCCUUUCUACAAUCAAUCCGAUCUAUCAGUCUACUCAUACUGCCCUCUGACUCCAAAACAGAACACAUCGGAGCCAAAGGGAAGACCUGAUAUUAAGAGAAGAAAGAUGCUCAGAAAUAUCAAGAGGUUUUAUUAUGAGUUGUUCAAGCACCAUAACAAUAAAUUAUUUUAUUUGAGACUCAAAAGGAUAACUUCCUCUGUUAUUAUUGAGGCUCUGAGACAUUUCUGUGAGGUUUAUAUUAGCAAGGCACAUGCAGAGGAAAUGGCUCAGUUCAUGUUUAAAUUUCUCAACAUCAACUGAGCUGGUCAUUCUUCUGAAGAAUCUAGAGCAAUGAGAAAUGGAAAGAAGGUUUAUGAGUGAACUUAUAGCUACAGCAUUAGCAAGUUCGACUCUUUGUUUGAAUCUGAGCACUUCAGGAUACUCAUACUAUCGUAUGCUGAAUUGCAACAAUCAAGCAUUCUUCGCUUACAGGAGAUGAAAUCUCAAGCUCAUUGGCCAAACAGACUUCCAACUCAAGAAGGAAGCUACCUCUCAAUCAUCUCGAAGCACCUCCUCAAGAGUAGAGGAGCAAAGCUUGAAGCUAGUCUUCAAGAGACUUGCAAGAGGUGCCAAUCUUACUAAUUACUUCAUUAAUAAACUUCAAC